GUCGUGCGCGCUUCAUAAAUUGGAAACUUAUAAAACAUGGCUCAAAAAAAAGUAGCAGUUGUUACCGGAGCGAAUAAAGGUAUUGGCUACGCCAUAGUACGAGGACUGUGCAAGCGUUUUGAUGGUAUCGUUUACCUUACUUCACGUAACGAAGUAUUAGGGAGAAAAGCAUUGAUUGCACUACAAUCUGAAGGAUUACCAUCCAACCCCUUGUAUCACCAGCUUGACAUCACUAAACCAGAGAGCAUAAAAAAAUUCCGCGACCAUUUGAAAAAGGAACACGGCGGUUUCGACUUGUUGAUCAAUAACGCCGCUAUAGCAUUUAAAAAUAACGCAAAGGAAUCAGCAGCUGUACAGGCUGAAGAAACUUUGUUUGUGAAUUAUUUUUCUGUUCUAUCUACUUGCGAGAUAUUAUUCCCUAUAUUGAGAGAUGGGGCUAGAGUGGUCAAUAUUUCUAGCUCUGCUGGACAUUUGUCGAAUAUACCAAGUCAAAAAUUGCGGGAUUUAUUCCAAGAUCCAGCUCUGACUAUCCCGCAACUGUCUGAGCUGAUGCAGUGUUACAUAGAGGCAGCUAAGCAAGGGACUCAGAUUCCGGAGUGGGGUAAUUCUUCAUAUGUUGUGUCAAAAGUCGGUUUGACUGCUUUGACUAAAAUUCAGCAGAGAUUGGUUAACGAUAGAAAUAUAAAAGUAAAUGCAGUCCAUCCUGGAUGGGUUGACACCGACAUGUCCUCGCAUCAAGGGCCGCUUACCAUUGACGAAGGAGCUGCAGCUCCCCUGUAUUUGGCGUUGGACGCUCCUGACUCUGUGAGGGGGGAAUAUGUAUGGCAUAAUAAAAAGAUAGUCAGUUGGGAUGGCACGAAACCUCAAGAGUAACUGUAAUGUGUUAAAACUUACGAUUUGAUGUACAGUCUCCUGCAUUAAUACGUACCACGCGGCGAGAUUUCAAUCAAGUAAUCUCUGAACAUUUUGAAUCGUUAUAAUACUCUUACACUUUAAACAUUUGCCAAUGUGGGGUAAUGUUUUAGUCAUUCCUUCAUUCCACCAAAGAAUAACGUUUCUUCCAUUUAAAAUUCAAAAUGUAUCUUUAACGCCAUGGCAAGAACCUAAAAUAGAUUGCUUCUAUAUAAAUAAUAAUUAUGACCAUAUGUCUAUUUUUUUAAUAAUACUAAGUGACAGCACGAAUUUGCCUUACGGAUGAGAGUGGCCGAAUUCAAUCAAUGUUACGAUUGCAAAUGUAAUUUGCUUAUCUAAGAAAUAAGACGCCUACAUUUUAAUUAAGGCGUAAACACAUGCCUGGUCUAACUCAACACGAGUUUAGUAUUAAUUGUCCGAAUAAUGAAAUGGUGGAAAUUUUUCAUAAUAUUUUACAAAAAUACUUGGCAUUUUUCAGAAAAAAUAUUUGAUUAGGAGGGAGCAGAGGAAAAAUUCCUAAUC